UCCGGCGACCUGUCCGGCGAAGGGACGGAGCUGCAGAAGACCCCACCCACCAAAGGGUCAAGGGGCGGGGUCAAGCAGCUGGCGGAAGUGGAGACCUGCGCAGGACCUCCCCGGGGCCCCGCGCCGAAAGCCGGACUCUAGGGGCGGGGUCGGGCCAGGGAUGGGGACGCGGGCGAGCUGCGGGGAGCUGCAGGCGGACUCGCGAGGUAGCGGGGACAUGGCGCAGCCGCAGCUGAGACAGCAGGCGGCCCGCGGCUCAGCGGCCGGCGCAGAGAACGCCAUGGCAGAGCAGGUGGCUCUGAGCCGGACCCAGGUGUGCGGGAUCCUGCGAGAAGAGCUGUACCAGGGUGAUGACUUCCAUCAGGCCGAUACCCACAUCUUUAUCAUCAUGGGUGCAUCGGGGGACCUGGCCAAGAAGAAGAUCUACCCCACCAUCUGGUGGCUGUUCCGGGAUGGCCUUUUGCCCGAAGACACCUACAUCGUGGGCUAUGCCCGCUCCCGCCUCACAGUGGCUGACAUCCGCAAGCAGAGCGAACCCUUCUUCAAAGCUACCCCGGAGGAGAAGUCCAAGCUGGAGGAGUUCUUUGCCCGCAACUCCUACGUGGCCGGCCAGUAUGAUGACACCGCCUCCUACGAGCGCCUCAACAGCCACAUAAAUGCCCUUCAUCAGGGCACACAGACCAACCGCCUCUUCUACCUGGCCUUGCCCCCAACUGUCUACGAGGCUGUCACCAAAAACAUCCACGAGACCUGCAUGAGCCAUACAGGUUGGAACCGCAUCAUUGUGGAGAAGCCCUUCGGGAGGGACCUGCAGAGCUCCGACCAACUGUCCAACCACAUCUCUUCCCUGUUCCGUGAGGACCAAAUCUACCGCAUCGACCACUACCUGGGCAAAGAGAUGGUCCAGAACCUCAUGGUGCUGAGGUUUGCCAACAGGAUCUUUGGGCCCAUUUGGAACCGGGACAACAUCGCCUGCGUCAUCCUCACCUUCAAAGAGCCCUUUGGCACUGAGGGUCGUGGGGGCUACUUUGAUGAAUUUGGGAUCAUCCGGGACGUGAUGCAGAACCACCUCCUGCAGAUGCUGUGUCUGGUGGCCAUGGAGAAGCCUGCCUCCACCGACUCGGAUGACGUGCGUGAUGAGAAGGUCAAGGUGUUGAAAUGUAUCUCAGAGGUGCAGGCGAGCAACGUGGUCCUGGGCCAGUAUGUGGGGAACCCCGACGGAGAGGGGGAGGCCACCAAAGGGUACCUGGACGACCCCACGGUGCCCCGUGGGUCCACCACGGCCACCUUUGCGGCCGCCGUCCUCUACGUGGAGAACGAGCGCUGGGACGGGGUGCCCUUCAUCCUGCGCUGCGGCAAAGCCCUGAACGAGCGCAAGGCCGAGGUGCGCCUACAGUUCCGUGACGUGGCCGGGGACAUCUUCCGGCAGCAGUGCAAGCGCAACGAGCUGGUGAUCCGCGUGCAGCCCAACGAGGCCGUGUACACCAAGAUGAUGACCAAGAAGCCUGGCAUGUUCUUCAACCCCGAGGAGUCGGAGCUUGACCUGACCUAUGGCAACCGAUACAAGAACGUGAAGCUCCCUGACGCCUACGAGCGCCUCAUCCUGGACGUCUUUUGCGGGAGCCAGAUGCACUUCGUACGCAGUGAUGAACUGCGGGAGGCCUGGCGAAUCUUCACUCCACUGCUGCACCACAUCGAACGUGAGAAGGCCCAGCCCAUCCCUUAUGUGUAUGGCAGCCGGGGCCCUGUGGAGGCAGACGAGCUGAUGAAGCGCGUGGGCUUCCAGUACGAGGGCACCUACAAGUGGGUGAACCCCCACAAGCUCUGAGCCGGCUCCCCCUCCCAUGCGCCCUGGCCCCGCCCACCUCUCUCCCUCCACAUACCCCCCACCAGACCCAGCUCCAGAGGACUCGGGACCACCGCCCCCAGCCCCACAUUCCUGCCCCGGGCUGGGGCCACCCCCCCACCCGCCCCUCAGCCCAAUCACAUUCCUCGGCCAGCCAGCACUGUGAACCCACCCGCACCCUGCCCCAGCCAGCCUGUGUCCCCGGAACUGAGCCCCCCCGCCACCUGGAGCAAGCAAGAGGAGGGCUAUAGUUGGGGAAGACGGGGGCAAGAUCCUCAGAAGGCCGGGGAUGCAGCCCCCGCACCCCUAAUCUCAGCACCACUCCACAUUCCUGGUCCCCCCGUGAAAGGGACCUCCAUGCCGCCCAGCACCCUCCCUGCGCUGGGCCCUCCGAACGUCUGUGUGCCCCCCAGCACCCCCCACCACCAUAACUCAGCACUCCACAGCCACCAUGUCUCACCCCCACAAACCCCCCCCACCCGCCCCAAGGUGGCACCCUCGCCACCGGAAAAGCGAAAGCAGCAAAGUGCCAUUAAAUCAGCAAACUUAA